AUGAGCACCGAAGACACAAAAGUUUACAAACACGCCGACUCAGACGGCCACUUCCGCCGCAAAGAUUCGGCGUUUCGAUCCCACGUCUCCAAAAGUCCCACGGCUGAAUUCCCCGCCGAAAAGGACCGCUACGUACUCUACAUCAACUACGGCUGUCCCUGGGCCCACAGAGCAAAUCUAGUCCGAAGCCUAAAAGGACUACAAGAUAUCAUCCAGCUAGUCGUUUUAGACCCCGAACUCGGACCGAACGGAUGGUUCUUCUCCGGCCGCUACGGAUCUGCAGAAAAGGACCCGUUGUACGGAUUCAAGUACCUCAAAGAACUAUACUUAAAGGCAGAUCCGCAGUAUGAAGGAAGAUACACCGUUCCCACGCUGUGGGAUAAGAAGAAAGAGACUAUCGUCAACAAUGAAAGCAGUGAAGUCAUUCGAAUGCUUUAUUCCGAAUUUGACGACCUUUUGCCGCAGGGUUUGAGGGAGGUUAAUCAGCUCGGUGGUGGAUUUUAUCCUCAGCAUCUGAGGAAUGAAAUUGAUGCGAUGAAUGCUUGGGUUUACCCGGAGAUUAACAAUGGGGUUUAUAAGACUGGUUUCGCAACUACACAGGCGGCUUAUGAGGAGAAUAUCUAUCCGCUUUUUAAAGCUUUGGAUCGGGUUGAGGAACAUCUCAGUCAAGGGCAACAACAGCCUUAUCUUUUUGGGGAAAACAUCACCGACGCUGAUAUUCGGCUCUAUACCACUAUUGCCCGGUUCGAUGUCGCGUAUUAUCUUAUCUUCAAGUGCAAUCUGAAGAUGAUUAGACACGAUUAUCCGCGUAUUGAUCGUUGGUAUCGGAAGCUUUAUUAUGAUGAGACGCCUUUGACUCGUGGGGCUUUUAAGGAGACGACUUUCUUUGAUAUUUACAAAUUUGGAUAUUGCGCGGCUCUUGGAAAUAAGACUGGGGAUAGGGAGUUGGUUGUUCCGGUUGGACCGGUUCCUGAUAUACUGCCUGCGGAGAAAGGAGAGUAA